AUGAAUUUUAAUAAAUUACAUCAGUGUUAUAAACCUAUUUUUAAAUUAUUAUUUCAUAAUAUGUUUGUUAAAUCAGAAAAAAAUAUUUAUAAUAAAUUGUUAAAAAUUUCUCCAUAUAGGAUAUUUCCUUACGUUCAAACUAUUUCACAAUUUUCAACUUCAUUUUUUAACAAUAAAAUCAUGUCUGAAGAAUAUGAUGUUGGUUAUAGUGAUGUUUUAAGUGCUCAAAAAGAUCGUAAUAUUUUAAUUAUUGAUGUUAGAGAAAAAGAAGAAAUUGGUGAAACUGGAAAAAUACCUGGAAGUAUUAAUAUACCAAUGUCUGAUGUUGAAAAUACAUUGAUAAACUUUUCGAAUAAAGAAUUUAAAAAUAAGUUUAACAAAGAGAAACCUUCCAAAAAUACAAAAAUUAUAUUUUGCUGUAAAGCUGGAAGAAGAAGUGGUAUAAUUCAGAAACAAAUGCAAAAACUUGGAUAUAAAAAUUCCUAUAAUUAUUCUGGAGGAUGGCGGGAUUGGGAAAGAAGAAGUAAAAGAUAAAAACAAAUAUUAAAAAAUAAUAUUUUGUGUAUUAAAAUGC